AUGGCCGACCGGACCGCCCCCUGCGCGCUCGCGGCGCUGUGCCUGCUCGUGCUCGCGGCGGCGACGGGCGCGGAGGCGAGGCGGCACCCGCGGCUCGUCCCCGCGGUGUUCGUGUUCGGCGACUCCACGGUGGACGUCGGUAACAACAACUACCUGAACAUCACCGCCGCGGCCAGGGCCAACUACCCCCACUACGGCGUGGACCUCCCCGGGUCGGCGCCGACCGGCCGGUUCAGCAACGGCCUCAACACGGCGGACCUGCUAGCUAUGGGGCUUGGGUUCAGGAGGAGCCCACCGGCUUACCUCUCGCUGACGGAGAAGGCCAUCAGGUCCCAGAUGUACAAAGGCAUCAACUUCGCGUCAGGAGGGUCCGGACUUGCAGACAGCACCGGCCGUUUCCUGUUUGGCGAGGUGAUCCCGAUGUCCCGGCAGCUGGAGUACUUCUCAGGUGUUGUCGAGCACAUGACCAAGCUGUCCGGCAGGAAGAAGACGGCCAGUCUCCUCUGCAAGUCCAUCUUCCUCAUCAGCGUCGGCAGCAACGACAUGUUCGAGUACUCGGCGUCCCCUGGCGACGACUACGAGUUCUUGGGCGGCCUCGUUGACGCCUACAGAAGUUACAUCACGGCCCUGUAUAAGAUGGGCGCCCGGAAGUUCAGCGUCAUCAGCAUCCCGCCGCUGGGGUGCCUGCCGUCGCAGCGGCUGCGGCGGCUGAAGCAGCUGGGCACCCAGGGCUGCUUCGACCCGCUCAACGACCUCUCGCUGCGCUCCUACCCGAUGCUCGCCGCGAUGCUGCACGACCUGUCCCGCGAGCUGCCCGGCAUGGCCUACUCCCUCGCCGACGCCUUCGCCAUGGUCUCCUUCGUCUUCGAGAACCCGAGGACCGACGCCUGGAGCUUCACGGAGCUGGAGGCGGCGUGCUGCGGCGGGGGCCCCUACGGGGCGGCGCAACCGUGCGACGAGACGGCGCCGCUGUGCGCCGACCGCGACGGCCACCUGUUCUGGGACGCGAAUCAUCCCACGCAGGCCGUGUCGGUCGUCGCCGCGCAGACCAUCUUCGCCGGCAACCGGAGCUUCGUCAAACCCGUCAACGUCAGGGAGCUGGCCCUGCUGUGAUCGAUCGGUUCCGCACGAUUUUUCUUGGGAUUCUCAGGAAGAUGCUUUGCUCCUAGUACGAAUAAGAGGACGGACGGGGCCAGCAGCUGCAGGUUUCAGCAGCAGUCAGUCAGUCUGUCGUCGUAGAGAUGCGCACGGGCAGCCCGGGUGCUUCAAGCAGAAAUUUUUCGUUCUUGCCGAUUU